AUGUCCAUGUUUAGGAAAGUUGGCCUUAAUGACCUUAAAUCAACUAGGAUGACCUUGCAAUUAGCGGACUACUCCAUUAGGCAUCCUAGAGGAAUUAUAGAGGACGUGUUGAUUAAGGUUGAUAAAUUUGUCUUCCCGGUAGGUUUUGUGAUUCUAGAUGUAGAUGAGGAUGUUGAAGUGCCCCUCAUUUUUGGUAGGCCAUUCCUAGCCACCUCCAAAGCCCUUAUUGAUGUUAGCAAUGGUAGAAUGACCCUCAAGGUUGGGGAUGAGGAAGUCAUGUUUUCUCUAUCAAAUGCAAUGAAACACCCUUCUACUUUUGAUAAUACUUGUUAUUUUCUGGAUAGAAUUGACUCGUUGAUGAAUGUGUGCAAAAAAUUUGGCACAAAGAGCCUUUCGGGGAGUCAUUGGAUAACCCUCACAUUGAAGAGACCCCUUUGCUUGUACCGCUAUUGA